UUAUUUGGUAGAAAACCGAAAAUCAAUAUUCUGUCAAUUGACUAAUUGACUCUUGCUCUAUUUUUCUGUAUCUGAACACAAGCAUUUGUCAGUAAAACAACCGACUGCAUGUUGUAGGAUCAACUGAAACCCCCAGAUUUGAUCAAAUAACAUACCGGGGCAGCUACAGGCCUGAUCCCCUCUCGCCAGGGGCCCCGGAGGCCCCCGAGGCCCCCCUGAUGGGACCAAUGGACGCGCUGCACCUGUACCCAGUGCGCCUGUCCCGUUUGGAGAAAGUUGGCAGCGCAAUGGUUCCGCAGCCUGCGUCUCAAGGGCAAAGGAAAUGAGGAAACCGAUCACAACAACAAAUGAAGACUGCCACAUUUCCAGACCUGUGUGUGUGUGUGUGUGUGUGUGUGUGUGUCCGCUGCCUCUCUGCCCGGCUGCUCUGCCGUAGCCGAGCUGCCAUGUCAGCGGAGGAUGUUAUUCUAGGUUUAUAUAUGAGAGGAUAAAAAAAAAAAAAAACCGGGAAGAUGCGCCUGGAGUGGAAACGUCACAUGUUCCGGGGGAGCGACAGCGAGGAGACACUGUGACCGAGCAGCGGAGAGCGAUAUGCGGCACUGCCGGUCCGCACGUAGCAGCACGGCGGAGGAUCGUCACCGGACGAACGUCCUGUAGCUGGACGAGGGCAGUUCUCUCUGCUUGUCGGCGACAGAGAGGGAUCGUGAUAGCACCAGGUUUCAGCGGGAACCGGGAUGAGCCAGGCCCCCCCCGGACCCCCCCCGCCCCCCGAGCAGCUCCCCGGGACCAGGACCAGCACACGGACGGGCUCCUCCGUACGCACAAGGGAACAGCUCGGAAAGUUUGUCCGACUGUCAUGUGGAGAGCAGGAUCUGUGCACGGUCCGAUGUGAAAUAGCGACUCGCCUGUGAUGGAUGGAUGUAUUUCGACUCCAGCGCCUCGCCGAUGAAGGAAACUGUCAUUCGACUUCAGGUCGACGUCUCUGGGUGUCGUUUCGAUCAUUUAGAAUAAAAUGGACCUAGAUAAAGUUCUUCUUCCAGCACCGAGGAUGCCACCCUGGGGGGGCUGGAGACUGGAGACUGACAGCGGGAUGUCUGCGUCCUUAACCGGACACUGAGUCGAAUUGGAGACAGUCGGACAAGGGAACCUUCUGGUUUGGCUCUUUUUGGAUUGGCCCAAAAAUAUUUUUUUGCGUUCCCCUUGGACUCCUGCACAAUGGGGAUUAUGCUGCAAGUUAUUCUAGGAAUGUUUCAGUUCCUGCUGUUCACCAGAAUACCGACGUCUCACGCCAAGCUCGCUCACUGGCGGCCGGCAGACUCCCCCAAAUCCAGAGAAGGUCGAGAAGUGCGGCGGUGGUUGGAGGUGUAUUCAAGGAGCGGAUGCGAGCCUCGUGACACACUGGUGGAGGUUUGGCGGGAGUUGCCGGGGGAGACCCACCACCUUUUUGUUCCAUCCUGUGUGUCGGUGAGGCGAUGUGGAGGCUGCUGUGCCGACGAGGCCCUGGAGUGUGUGCCCUCGCUCACACACACACUCACCAUGGAGCUGAUGAGGACCUCCUUCAUGAAACAUGAGCUCAUUGAGUUGCCCUUUGUCGAGCACAGCCAGUGUGAGUGCAGAUUAAAAGAACAAUUCCAGCCAACACCUACAACAAGGUCGUAUCUGAAGCCAACAAGAAAAGACAAGAAAAGGGAGAGGGGAAAGUCCAGACAGAGGACAAGUGGAGCCUUCAGAGCUGCGACCCAUGCUCCCCCCACUCUUCCUCCACCAUCCACUCCUCCUCCUCCUCCAUCACCUCCUCCCACCACCUUCUCUUCCUCUCCGUCUCCCUCUCCGACGCCUUGUAGCCGCCCAUGCAAAGGGAGGAAGUGGGCAUUGGAUGCAACAUCAUGUCAGUGCCGCUGCAAGAUCAGAGCCGAGAGCUGCAGCAAGAAAGGCCGUAGGCUCAACCCUCACCGCUGCAGGUGUGAUGCCAUAAGGACUUGACGUGUCUUUCCACUUUCCUUUCACCUCCUUCUCUCCACCUGCCCCUGCUGAUUCAUCGUCCUCUAUCAGCUUCACUGCCAUGGAGCAUACAGACACUUGGACAUCCACUAUCUCAGAUUGAAGGAAAUAUUAGCAGCAGAACCUGUAGUAGCGCCCUAGUAAAGCAACACGUGCAGUAUUGCAGCCUGAAUAUGCUGUAGAUCUAGGUGUGUUUGUGUGUGUGUGAAAUCAGAUAAUCUUACAACCUCCUCGCUUUUGUGAAACGGCUUCCAUCAGGCCACAUGUACAUGCAUGCACAGACAUGUAGAGCAACAAAACUCACGCAGUGAGUGGAGGAAUGAAAGUGGCUGAAAGGGUCCAACUUUGAACCAGAAAAAAAAUCUUCCUUGGUGGACACAUGCCCACAAUCUUCCUGUGGCUUGGAGGUUGGAGCUGAGAAAUGACUUUCUUCUGCAGAAAUACAGGAGAACAGUGGAAAGGGGAAUGAUCAUACUGUACAAGAGCAACAGCGCUAAAGUGGCCCGGUCUUACACAGACAUCCUACUGUACGUGUUGAUGCUUCAGGAGAGGCCAAUGUUUGUGCAGACGAUAUGAAAAACAUUGGGAACACGGGCACACGCUCAGACGCACCAGGAGAACACAGGAUAUGCACAUGAACUGGCACCCCAGUGUGCGUGGACCUAUAGUUGAUCUGAAUGCUGGGAUGGCGUGUAUCUGUGUGGUCUCCCUCUGAAAGACCCAGAUGGGUUAUCCCUGCAGCCGUUCUCUCUCAUUCAAAGCGCAUGACCACGGGGCUGGCUCUCCAAGCCGCUUUCCGGCAUUUGUUUAAUUUGGGCCUUUUGUCUCCAUCUUUUUCUCGGCACCUCGAUUGAAAGCAGCCGCUUUGCCUCCCUUUGCCUCUCUUUGCCUCGCUUUUAGGCAGUGAGGAGAAUGACAAUAAUGAGGAACUGGCGCCUGUCCACUGCUUCACACACACAAACAUUCACACUUGUAAUACCAGGAACACUGCAAAUGCAGACACACACACAAACACAGACACACACACACACACACACACACACACACACACACACACUAUGUGAAAUGAAUGCAGGUAGCCAUAAGCUUUUGUUCAGUUCCAAAUAAAUGUCAGUUGUUUAUAUUUGUGAUUUAAUGCAAAGUCUUCUCAUUGUCUUAUUCUUCACAAUGUGUUAUAUGCUUGAGUUUUAUAUUUUUAUUAUAAUUCUGUAAAGUUGAUUGAAAAGAUAUUCUAUAUUGCCGAAUGUGUCUUUGUUUUGUUUUGUUCAUCCUUAAUCCAUCGGCAUAAAGAGUCGUGCUGGGUGGCCGGCUAUGAACACACCCGGCAUCCAAACCGAUACCCAAAUGUAUUGAAUUUAAACAGAGACGGCUCACACGGGCCACAAACGGGAGACUAUAUACAUUAUAAUGUGUAUUUCAAACAAUCAGUGGGGCAGCGUUGUCCGCAGCACUCAGAAACCAAGCAAAUAGCAGUUCCCAGUGCUGUGAAAGGAAAACAUGUCUGUUGUUGUUACAUGUUCGAGCCGGGAUGGAAAGAGUAUUAUUCAUUCAGAACAUGACUUGUUUAUAUUCCGACCGAAUCUCACGGUAUUACUCCACGAUAGCUCACGGCUGCUCGGCUGCUGGGUGGGAACCGGGAUUUGAUUUGCGUCUGGUUCAGAAAGGGUGAGGUCUUGAGCUGCUUGCCAGUCAGCAUGACGAGCUAAAGCCAGAGCUCUGCCACUGUGACGAGGACCCACAGUGGCAGGUCAGGGGGUUUCAAACCCAUCCCCAAGAAACAGUAUCUUUGAAACUCCAUCAUUCAUGUCCAUACUCUCCCCUAGGAUUCAUGUCAUCCUGCUGAUUGAACAAUAGUCACCUUAAAAACAGAUUUGCGGUCCAGAGUCGGAAUUAUUUCUGUGUCAGCCUCGAAGCAAAAGAAUCUUGUUUCCGUGGCCGGUGUUAUAAGCUCUGUAUUUAUACUGUCCUGUGAUGAGUUUUUUUUUUUGGUCACGCUCAAGUUAAUUGUUCAGUGUUUGUUAUUACUGUUAAUCAUCAUGCUUCAAUCACUACCUCUAUAUCAUAACAUAUUAAUGACCAAGUAUUAGAGCAUCGUUGUUACUCUCUCUGUGUUAUUUCACACCUCUUUUGAGAUUAAGAUGUUUUUAUUUACACUUGGCAAUAAAGCACGGUCUCCAGUGUAGAGACUCGGAGCAGCACCAGA